AGCUUCAACCUGUUUGCACGUUGGCAAGAAAAUGGAUUGUCGUCUAUCAUUGCAACUGGUAUUCCUGACUGUAUUGGUUUGUAUUCAUGGCACGUAUGCGCAAUGCAGAAAAGGAGAACCAAAAAAUGGUAAUAAUGGGGCCGUGUUAGAUCGGACAUACAAACUCGAGCCGAAAUGGCUUCUGAAACGUCUUGAUGAGAACAUGCAUUCGCAUUCUUCAAUGAUAUUUGGUGAAACAAUAGGCAACUUUCAUGUUACCAAAGCAUCAUGGGAAAAAUGGUAACUUUCACUUGCGCGCGAAAUGGCCGCCGUGGAGCGAGCAUUUUGCAUGUGAAAAACAUAGUUUAUUUUUAACACUUUUUUCGUAACGUUUGAAAAUUUGAAAACAAGGGAGAACUUUGUAAUGUUAUAAAGUUUGUUUUGACUCAAGUACAGCGAAAUCGAACCGAAAAUGGACGAGAAAAUUCCUGUAGAAGAACUGAGGAGCGAACAGUGUGCUCAUAAAUACGUUCCAAGAGGAAGGGCCUUCCCAACGUUUUAAGGUGAGCACGCUUAGUAAACAUCGAACAGCUCCCCAUUUUGACCUAAAAAUAUAUGUGUGUUUUUUUUCGAUGUAUAUCUCGCGUUUUGACAACGAUCGAGUGUUUCCUGCGGAGUUUUUCGCUUGUUGAAAUCGACUAAUUUAUGACAAAAUGUCUGUCGAUCGUUCGAUCAGCAUGGCCCUCAAACACAAUGUUUUUAAAGAGACCUUAAAAUGUUUUGGCGCGAACUAAAAGCAGUUCAAACCGGGGGUUUCUGCCCCAGCUCCGUUACUUUGUAAAAACGCCAAAGAGAAAGCAUUUUGCCUCUGUUGUCGCUUAUUUUUCUGCUUCCUUUGUUGUGGUCGGUUUAUUUCCUGUCAAAAUAAACAAGUAGGUUUUUAGCAUUAAAAUUUUAGGCUUAAAAUAUAUUAAAUUCGUUGUUAUAUUAACGUAGGAAAAACCGUUUUAAAUUUGCAUUUAAGGUAGUAGAAUAUAAUAUAGUCAAUUUUUUAAAUUUAGUUAUUUAUAGUAAAUUUAGGUAUUUUAAUCUUCAGGCUGGCCCUAAGAUUAAAUUUGUAAAUAGUGAGAUAAAUAAUUAAGGUAUAGGUUUGAAUGAUAUAAAAUUUUUAAUGGAUAUUGAGCCUGGUUCUUCUUCGGAGGCAGAUAAGGAUUUGGCAGCAUUGGGAGAUGGUUGGACAAAGAGUUUAAAGUUUAUUCCUGGAUUCUCGUACAAAAAAUUGGAAGACCAGUUGGUACUAGAAGCUAAAAAAACACCUGAUGGCAAGCCUGCUGAGGCAUUUAAGCACAAGAGAAGUGGAUACAAACUAUUUAAAGCUGGUUAUCCAAGGCAGAUUAUGGUGAAACCCAAUGUAAAGAAAGGAAAUGAAGCAGUUCAUUUUCUUGUACGGUGCCAUGUAAAUGCAGAAAUGAAGAAAAAACAGUACCUUGUUUAUUUUCACCUUCAUCAACAUUCAGGAGAUAUUGCCUAUGCAAAAUGCUAUUGCCCUGCUGGCGCUGGUGGAUGUUGUAAACACGUGGCGGCCACUUUGUAUCAACCUCUCGAUUAUAUUGAACUUGGACUCUCAGAUAUACCAGAUGAUAAAAUCUGCACCCAGGAGUUACAAAAGUGGCAUGUCCCUAGAAAGAACACAACACAAGCAGCCCUGCUUUUCGAGGACCUCAUCCCCCCCCCCCCAGGUUUCGUAUGAUAAGGACAAAAAAGGACGCAAACGCCCAAUACCAGAAGGGAAGAGGGAGGACUACUGUUCAACAAGUGAGAAAGUGUCAAAGGAUGACUUGGAACGGUUUAAAACUAGCUUGGAAAAAGCAGGAAGUACUAGUCAUUUGGUUGGUAUUCUAGGCAACACCAAUUGUGAGCCUUGUGAGUUUACUGCAAAUGAAUUACCAUCUAGACAGCGCAUAAUGAAGGCAGGGGAAGUGGGUGACAAACUGGACCAAACAGCGGUCAGAUCUAGUAUUCUAAAAAAAUUAACUCAGAAUUUAGAUUGUACUUGUGUUCCAGACAAGGAAAGUUGUGAAAAAUAUAUUAUGGAGAAAUUAUUUGUUAAUAAUGAGGGAUGCAGAGAGAUUGAGAAGAACACACGGAAGCAAAAUGAGUGUGAAGCGUGGUAUAAACAGAGAAAAUGUCGGUUGACUUCAUCAUUAUUUGGUUGUUUACCCAAAAACUAUUGUGAACAAGAUUACUAAGCCAAGUCAAAUAAAGAAUGCAAGUUGUCAAUGGGGAAUUGAGAACAAACAGAAGGUGUUGGUAAAGUACCAUGAAUAUAAAGACGAAAUCAACGAGCACAUAGCUCUUUGCUCAGCCUGUGGUUUAGUGGUCAAUCCAAUGUGGCCAUGGCUUGGUGCUAGUCCAGAUGCUCUCAUAUUGGACAAGAGAGAAGAAUCAAUGUAUGGAGCUGUGGAGGUAAAAUGCCCUGCAUUUAAAUCUGGGAUGAGUAUCAUCAAUGCAUGCAGUGACAAGUUUGUUUAGAGAUAGUAAAUGGAAAGCCAUGUGUAAAAAAGAAUCAUGUAUAUUAUUAUCAAGUGCAAGGAGUUAUGGCUAUCUGCCAGUUGUGUUUUGUAGACUUUGUUGUAUAUACUGUAAGUGAUGCCCAUGUUGAAAGGAUUUAUUUUAGCAAAGUUGAAUGGGAAAAGUGUACUUUACCUGAUCUAACAACUUUCUAUUUUAAUUAUCUAGUGCCAGAUACUGUUACUGUAUUAUAACAUAAUUAUAUGUUCACAUAACAUAAUUUAAAUAGUAGACACACUACUAACUGUACUUAAUAAAGUCAGACAAACACUGGACUGAACUGUCUAGAGUCAUAUACAGUAAUAUAGAAUUCAUCCUUCAUGUAGUUGAAUAAUUAAUGGCCUGAAAAACAAAGUUAAAUAUGAACAAAUAACCCAAAUUUUGUUCAACUCUGCAGCCAUAGAUAUCUGCAAGUCAUGUUUGAGAAUGCGAAAGCUUUUAAUUCUUUGGAUAGCCCUGUCAACAUGUAUCCUGUGUUUAGCAAUUCUCCUAGUUUAAUCUCAUCCUCUUUUGAAAAUUGUGCUUGCUCACCAAGGAAGUGGGGUAUGUUCAACGACACGCCUGGUGGUAAAUCAAUUUCAAAGCCUCUAUCUGCCAUCACUUCAUCACCUGGUUCCAAUAAUUUCAAGAUUCCACAGUCAUUUGUCAGUUGAUUAUCAGAUGUAUUACCAGCAUAAAGUUCUGAAACAAAAGUUAAGUAUCCUCUUGGGGCAAUGCCAAUCAAGCCUUUGAAUUACCAGUGUCAUGGUUUUUGUAGAUUGAAAAGGUAGCACUUUGGCUUCUUGGUUGAGAAGGUGUUUCAAUGAAUAACCCUGUACAGUCGAUUAUGACCCUUGUGUUUGGAUAACUCUCCUUAAAACUUGGUGGUGAAGUUUCUCUCACAUAACUUUGAGAAGGCCAAAUGGGUAUGGACCAUAAACGUCUGUAUAAGAAAUCAAAUCAAGCCAGGUAUGGGAUUCGGAUAUGUUAAACCUGUUGGCUAAGUCCCUCUCGAGCAAACCCAAUCUAAAUCUUACAAGGCACAAGAAUAACUCUUGCUCUGGUGAUAAUGUCCUCCUGGGUACACAUUUUUCUCGAUUUUCUGUUGGCUUUGUAGUAUUCCAAGAUCCAAUAUAUUGUAACCUUUCACAUGCAGGGCAAGGAUAGUCAUAAAAUGCCUUAAAUGUACUGUAAUUAGAAAAGCCAGUAUAAAACUCGAUAUCGCUAUCCUUAUUUUUAAUGUGGUAUAUAGAAAAACUGCACUGUUCGACUUUUCCCUACAAAUCGGAUAUCUUUUCUUGUUGUUCUUGAUCUUUCUGCUGAAGGUUUUCAACCAGCUUUUCAAGUUCUGAAAUUCUGUCCUCACUAGUUGUUGGCUCAUCUUCUAUCUCAGGACUCUCUUCAAUUGUGUUGUCUCUAUUUCUGCAUUUAGAUGUUGUUCUGGGUUUCGGUUGGAUGGGCAGUAAUAGUUUUUGCACUAUAGUUGGAACGUUGUGAAGACAUGUCUUCUUGCCACUCACAAAAUGCUUUGAACAAACUCUGUGAUGGUUGUUUGGUGUAAAAUUAGCUCGUCCGAUCCAAUGCAACCACCUCUUUCCGAGCUUUUUGUCAGUUGGAAUUUGGUAAUAUGAGAGUUCUGGUUUUCUUUUAGUGUUGCUACUACAUGUUGGAAUAUAGCAAGUUGUUCCACCUCCUUUAUAUUUUCUUUUAGAACAUGCAUUUUCUGUGUUGCUUUCAUCAAUAUCCAUAAAAAAAUUUAAAUUAUUUAAACCUAUACCUUAAUUAUUUAUUUCACUAUUUACAAAUUUAAUCCUUAGGACCUGCCUGAAGAUUAAAAUACCUAAAUUUACUAUAAAUAACUAAAUUUAAAAAAUUGACUAUAUUAUAUUCUACUACCUUAAAUGCAAAUGUAAAGCGGUUUUUCCUACGUUAAUAUAACAACGAAUUUAAUACAUUUUAAGCCUAAUAUUUUAAUACUAAAAACCUACUUGUUUAUUUUGACAGGAAAUAAACCGACAACAACAAAGGAAGCAGAAAAAUAAGCGACAACAGAGGCAAAAUGCUUUCUCUUUGGCGUUUUUACAAAGUAACGGAGCCGGGACAGAAAAAUCCGGUUUGAACAUCUUCUAGUUCGCGCCAAAACAUUUUAAGGUCUCUUUAAAACAUUGUGUUUGAGCGCCAUGCUGAUCGAGCGAUCGACAGACAUUUUGUCAUGAAUUAGUCGAUUUCAACAAGCGAAAAAAUCCGCAGGAAACACUCGAUCGUUGUCAAAAUACGAGAUAUAUACAUCGAGAAAAAACACACAUAUUUGUAGGUUAAAAUGGUGAGCUGUCCGAUGUUUACUAAGCGUGCUCACCUUAAAACGUUGGGAAGGCCCUUCCUCUUAGAACGUAUUUAUGAGCACACUGUUUGCUCCUCAGUUCUUCUACAGGAAUUUUCUCGUCCAUUUUCGGUUCGAUUUCGCUGUACUUGAGUCAAAACAAACUUUAUAGCAUUACAAAGUUUUCCCUUGUUUUCAAAUUUUCAAACGUUACGAAAAAAGUGUUAAAAAUAAACUAUAUUUCUCACAUGCAAAAUGCUCGCUCCACGGCGGCCAUUUCGCGCGCAAGUGAAGGUUACCAUUUUUCCCAUGAUGCUUUGGUAACAUGCAAGUUGCCUAUUAAACUUAAAGUUCAUGUAAAUCAGCAUUAUUUUGUAUUAGAUACACAAACUCCUUCACGCUCAUGAUUUCUUUUGUGUUUUCAUGAAUUGUCAAUGAAUUCCCCACUGGGCCACCAAGGAAUUUUCUUGAUGUAAUUUUAGCAUGAUGACAGAAUAGAGAAAAUAGUUGUCCCGGACAAAUAGCGUUAGCACAUUAGUUUUCGGUCACGGAUAAAAUAACCAUGCCAACACCUAAAUUUUAGCCUGUUGUUUUAGUCAGAGAAAACGAUUCCUAUUGAUUCUUGCAAGAUUUCUAAAGAAAUAUUUCAAAAUUUACAAAUAAGCUGUUGAAAGUUGAAUUUUAUUACAGGUUAACCUAGGCCGUUAAUCGCUUUCGAAAAACCGUCGCCCGGAAGCUUUGUAUCCGGAAAUUAAAAUUACCAUCAGAUAGUUUGUUAUUUCGACAAUUUGAAUUGGUCAUGGAUUUUCCAACAUUGGUGGCAUUUCAACUUGCUAGGGCCGUAACUUCGGUAUUACGGCUGGGGCGGGGGGGGGAGGAGGGGGAGCUUGUUUUGCCCGAUCAAAAGGGCGUGGCCGAAGUCGUGCGAGCAUUUCAGUCGCUAAUUAAUCUUUCCCAAAUUUGUUGGAGAGCGGGGGCGGGGGGAGGAGUAAAAAAUUCUGAGAUACCACUUUUCACUAACUUUCGAAGUAAUGUACUGUAAUUUGUACAAUUUUCCAGUAAUAUUUUCGUAAAUUUAUAAAAAAAUUUCCUGCAACUAUUACUUUUCAAUAAACUAAGUAAAAAAUUUUUGCUGAAUUUUUUUGCUUUUUGGGCAGAUAUUUUAAUUUAAAAAUUUGUUUCACCCCUCGGUUUUUGGCACGAAAACCAGAGCGGGCAGUUACGUUUCAGAGCGGGCCGGAUUCAUUUUCACUCAUUAAAAAUAAUGCAUGUUAUGACUGUAGAUUUAUGCUGAAAAAAUUCUUCACUAUAGUCCUAUAGGCAGAAUCAUAACAAUUUUUUCUGAAUCGUAUUUUUUAUAGUACAGGCGGACGCGGGGCAGCCAGAUUUAAACAUCACAUUAUCUUCAGGACCAGUUGCCUAUAUUGGUGAUGUGCUAAAAAUAACCUGCAUCGCUGAUAAACCUCGUUAUCACUUCCCAAACAUCCAACCGAUGCCGCCGGCUCGGGUUAAAGUAUUUUUCGAUGGAAAUGAUCUGAAAACUUGUCUUGAAACGGGAGGACGGGUUGUAUGUGUUCACACGUUUACGUUAACCAAAGCUGCAAACGAUGUUUCUGUAUUAUGUUUCGCCAGGAAUAGUGGCCCAGGCUGCCGAACAAAGACCUUAUUGCUAACUAUAUUGGAGAGAACAAUUCGUAUGUAUAUAACUUAAUCCAAACAUUUUUCAAUUAAUUAUGUAGUACAUCUUCAAUACCGAGCUUAAAGGCACAGUUCAGCCUUUUGAAUGGUGGUUUUUAAGGCGCAUUUCAGCACAUUUAAUGGGUGAUUCCAGCUAUGGACGAAAUUUUGAUCUGCGCAAGAAGAACGAUAUCCAACAUCUCACCUAGAAAGACCAUUUCAAAAUGAGUAAAAUUGCAAAGUUUGGUUGCGAAAUGUUGUAAAAUGAGGACUGAAAAUAUAGCCCUGAGAAUUUCGCAAAUAUUGUAGUAUAUUUGCAUUACGCGCGGUAAAAAUAACCACUUUCCGCUCAAAAAUAGUUAUUUUUCCCGCCCGUAAUGCAAAUAUAUACAAAAUUUGCGAACUUCACAGAGCUAUAUUUUCCUCAUUUUACAACAUUUCGCAACCAAACUUUGCAAUUUUACUCAUUUUAAGACGCUCUUUCUAGGUAUGGUGUUUGAUUUCGUAUAUAUAGAUCAAAAUUUCGUCCAUAGCUGGAAUUACCCAUUGAAAAAACUAAUUACAGGAAAAUCAAUUAAGCAUAAUCCAAGAUCAGUAAACUGAAUGUUUUGAACAAUACAGUAAAUUAAAAAUGUUUUAACAUGUUAAAAACAUUACGUUUGCUGAUCUUGAAUUAUGCUUAAUUGAUUUUCCUGAGUUAGUUUUUUCAAUCAAAAGGACUAAAAUGCGCCUUAAAAACUAUCAUUCAAAAGGCUGAACUGUGCCUUUAAGCAAGCGAUAUUUUUGACAGUGUUGUAAGUGAAUCUGAAAUGGAGAGUGAUGGCGUCAGCAGUUCUUGCCUGAAAUCAACAGCAGCCAAUGGAGUUUUAGCUUCCUGGGGCCGAUUGUAUAAAACUCUUAAUCACUUUUUUAGUCACUAUUUUGUAGUUAGAUAGUGAUUAACCCUCAAAUACGCGCUUCUUAUUGGAUGACGUUUCCACUAGCUAUAGUUAACUUUAAUCACUUUUUCAUACAACCGGCCCCUGAUUUUAAACAAGAACGGCGGUCGUUGUCACUCGUCAUCUCAGCGUAAUCUCUUCCCAAAAUUGAGGCGGAAAAUUAAAACAUAGCCUUAAUUUGAACCCUAUCCCCAACCCUGACGCUCGCCCUAAUCUAAACCUGACGACCUUUUUCUACCGGGGCCUAAUAUAUCGAUUUGCCGGGAAAUUAAGAGAUGCCGUUUCUUGACGCCUUGAAAACUCUCCCUCAUGGCGAAGUAUCUGGUAGUCAUGCAGGAGAAAGUGUUAGUAUCAUAAUGCCAGAGGCUUCCCUGUUGACGACAAUGCGAAAUCAUGGUUAAAAGUCAUUGUUAACAGAAUUGUUGAACUAAAGCUAUAUAUACCUACUGUUGGACUCUUUGGGAAGUAUUCGGGGUGCAAAUGAGAAUGAGGCAAAUUGGAACACUCAGGCUUCCGAUUUUCUGUGAUUGACCUACUUUUUUUUAAUCUAUUUAGAAAAAUCUAAUUCUACCAACUCAUCAAAAAUGUCGACACCAGCAGAUCAGUUGAUGCCAUCUGCUUCUUUGACAAUGAAUUCUAAUGAAAGCUUGGUGACAA